GCCAACCAUAAAGCGACCUCACUUAAUCGUACUGUUAAGGCAACAACGCACCCACACUUCGAUCCCUCGACAUUUUGCUCGACACGGUGCUCAUCGCCGCUGCUGUUUUCGGAUCCGAGUGCUUGUACGCUCGAUCGCUGUCCAGCUCAUCACGCUUAACACCUCAUUACAUUGUUAACGGUCCUUGAGCAACACAUCCACUGCGUUCUCACCUUCAACGUAUCUCAACAUCCGUUAACGCAAAUUUGAUACCGAGCCGCGAAAUGGCUCCCGCCGAUUUCAAAGGGCCAUGGUCUCCCGAUUUGAUUGGCUUCGCAAAGUCAAUCGCCUCUAUGCCUGCCAACUUCAAGUCCUCCUUCGACGAAACAUGCGACAUUUCAGCAAAGACGAUCACGAACCAAUCACACCUUCAUAUCUGGGAGAGCGACUCAGAUAUUGACUCUUUACUCCAACUGACUCAAGUCAUCAUGAAAGUGCGCAGCUUGUCGAAUUAUGUCCCAGGUGCGCCUGGAGCGGGUAAGAUGGUCCCGGCAGGCAUGAUCAUCAUUGCUCAAAUAAGCCCUGAACAUGACCAUUUUCGAAGGAUCUGCCAGUUAGUCAAGCAUCUCACAAAAGAUGACGGACGAGCCCAUCUCAACAAGACAAUCUACAGCUUUGGGCAUAUUGCUGUAGUGAAGGGUAUCGACAAUCUCAAGACACCAAAUAAACAGGGAGAAUAUGACCAGGAGACCAAAGCUCUAAUAGACAAGGCCGUCAAGCGCGUGAACAUAUGCAUCGAGCGCACGUUCAAGUUGUGCGCAUAUGUAGAGAAAAAGAUUGUCUGGCACCACGGAGCUAUAAUCCAUUUCCUAAAUCACUGGAUCUACAGAACGAGUUCAACAUUACGCAAGUCUCUCGCGGCUAUCACCCUCACAUCGACAAUAUCAGUGGCCGCAAAAGCCAUUUCAUCUACAACUUUAGGAAAAAUGAACCAGGCCGAAGACUUUAAACGCCUUGAGGAUUACUGUAAACGCCUGAAGAUCUUUGCGGUGUUCCUUGACCCUGCUAGUCAGCUCAUCGAGAAGGAAGCGUUGUCAGUUUAUACAGCCUACUUUGGAUACUACGCCCAUAUGUACUUCACGCCUUCACUCCUGCGACCUCACCUACACCUUGGGUACGAUGCGCUCGUUACAUUCGCGUUCCGUCUCCGCUCCGCGUGUGAAUCCAAGUACGCUGACCACGCCGUGAAGACAGUGCAGAAGCACCUCCCGGCAAAACGCGCGAAGGCUUGGGCAAACGUCUGUACUAAACCAGCCACAUUCACCAAGGACCUUUGCCGGGCCCAAGCAAACGAUAAAGCAAUCUCCGCCGCGACCCACGUGGCGGAUACACCUCUCCUCCCGUUCAAGCCGGGUCCACCAUCUUCAUUCGCUAGACUCACCAUGGGCCCAGCUGCUUCGCUGCUCUCCGGUCACUACAUAUGCGCACCAGUAGCUUUCAACUUCCAAAACUCUCCCAUGCAGAUGCGGGCUGCGUCGCCUUCACCCUUCCACAUUUGGCUCCCAAAGCCGGGACAUGAUGAAGCUAAGAUAACGCAGCGGAUCCAAGGGAUCAUGAUGGGAGUCCUGGAUAUGGUCCUAAAAGAGAAGGGAAUGCCUGUCAUUGACCCCAAGAGCGAGGAUGCGGAAACCUGGAGUGCGGUGAUUAAGGCAGUUGCAUGGGCGCUUGAUGGCACCAAGGGGAAACUACCGAAGGGGUAUGAUCAUAAGAUAGAAUCGGUCCGUAAAGCGUUGGCACAAAGCUGGAGCUACAAUUACUGGGGCCCGCAGAUAUGA